CCAGCGAAAGCUCUAGAGAUUCAGGUUAUUUAUUACUCUUCUCAAUUUUUCUGAUUCUGAUUGUUUUUAAAUCGUAGAUUUGUUUGAUUGAUUAGGAGUUAUUAGGACUACUUGUAGUAUGGAAUUUGUUUUUGGAUAGCUGAUUUUAUGGCUUGCUCGGGAACUGGAAUUGUCAGUUUGUUGCUUGGAGCAGAACAUUGUCCUUUGCUUUUCUCGGGAGAUGUAGAAUUUGGAUUUGGAAAAACUAGUGUUCUUUUCCAAAGCCUUGUCUUAAACAUGCUUUCGGUCGGAGAAAUUAACGAGAACUAAUCUCAAGCUUCUAACAUAAUUAAACUCGGUAAACUUUUUUUUACUAGAGUAAAUUUUUUUGUUUUGUUUGAAGAGUCUUAUAAUUGAGAAAUACUUUAUUAGUUUAUACUAAAAAAAAAACGAAUACGUAAAAUGUUGGAAAAGAGGGGAUGUAUAGAGACUGAUACAAAAAUGAUAAAAUAGAGACGGUUGGUAGUAGGUAGAAAGAUUAAAUAUACUCAAAAGAGUGAGUUGGAUUAGUUUAUAAGAUGAUUAACUUCUUGAUUGUGUGAGUUGGAUUAGUUUAUGAGAUUAUUAAAAUAUUGAUUGUGUAUUUGUGUUGUGUGUUGAUUAAGCGGAACUUGCGUUAGAAUAUUGUUCAAGGUACAAUGUGGAAAUAAUAGUUUUCUCACCACGAGGAAUAUAAUUAUUUCAACUUUGUUUUCUUAUCAGCCAAAACGUGCCACACCAUAAAAGUAGUGCAUCAACAUGUGGUGUGGUGUGGUGGGGUUAAAGUUUGAAUCUCUCUUUAAUUUAAACUAUUAAAACAAACUUAAAUUAUUGGAGUUUCGUACAAUGACUUUCAAUCAAAUGUUUUAGAAUUAGACACGGUUUUCGAAAGUGGUUUUCCCUCGUUGAAUUUGUCAACAGUAUCAGAUUCUACAUUGUUGGUUACUAAUCUUUUCCUUGAAGUAGGUGUUGAAUUAAUCCUCUGUUGUUUAUGUAAGGAGAUCUCGAGACAUUUAUGGUUAACAGUUAACACUACAUGUUUGACUUUAAACUGAUUAUCUUUUAUUCUUUUUCUUUUGUAGCUCCCAACAGAGGAAUGAACUGGUCUUUCUCAAACAAAGUAUCAGCUUCUUCUUCUCAGUUUCUAUCCUUCAGGCCAACUCAAGAAGAUAGACAUAGAAAGUCUGGAAAUUAUCAUCUUCCUCACUCUGGUUCCUUCAUGCCAUCAUCAGUAGCUGAUGUUUAUGAUUCAACCCGCAAAGCUCCUUACAGUUCUGUACAGGGAGUGAGGAUGUUCCCUAAUUCCAAUCAACACGAAGAAACUAACGCAGUUUCCAUGUCGAUGCCGGGUUUCCAGUCUCAUCAUUAUGCACCAGGAGGAAGAAGCUUCAUGAACAAUAACAAUAACUCACAACCUUUGGUAGGAGUUCCUAUCAUGGCACCUCCAAUUUCAAUCCUUCCUCCUCCAGGUUCCAUUGUAGGGACUACUGAUAUUAGAUCUUCUUCCAAGCCAAUAGGUUCACCUGCGCAGUUGACGAUCUUUUAUGCCGGUUCAGUUUGUGUUUACGAUGACAUAUCUCCUGAAAAGGCAAAGGCGAUAAUGUUGCUAGCUGGGAACGGUUCCUCUAUGCCUCAAGUCUUUUCGCCGCCUCAAACUCAUCAACAAGUGGUCCAUCAUACUCGUGCCUCUGUCGAUUCUUCAGCUAUGCCUCCUAGCUUCAUGCCUACAAUAUCUUAUCUUAGCCCUGAAGCUGGAAGUAGCACAAACGGACUCGGAGCCACAAAAGCGACAAGAGGCUUGACGUCAACAUAUCACAACAACCAAGCUAAUGGAUCCAAUAUUAACUGCCCAGUACCAGUUUCUUGUUCUACCAAUGUAAUGGCUCCAACAGUGGCAUUACCUCUGGCUCGCAAAGCAUCCCUGGCUAGGUUUUUAGAGAAACGCAAAGAAAGGGUCACGAGCGUAUCCCCAUAUUGCUUAGACAAGAAGUCAUCGACAGAUUGUCGCAGAUCAAUGUCUGAAUGCAUUAGUUCUUCUCUCAGCUCUGCAACCUAAUUUCAUCUACAGUAAGAAGGUUGCUUUAGACCACUCCACAUCCAUAUUUGCAUUUCAAUGGCGGUCUUUUCAAUGUCUCAGUUAAUUUUUCCUCACUCGCCACACUGAGUUUCUCCUUAGCUUUAUAUAUACGAUAGUGUAUACUUUGUUUACAUGUUUUUUGGUGGAAUGGAACUUAUGAGAGCAUAUCAGAUAUGUACUUGGGAAAAUUAGUAGAAACUGUUUGUUUCUUUUUUUUUAACUCUGUUCUUUUGUAUAUAUCACUGAAGCUCGCAUAUGUAUAAUUCAUGUAAUGGAAUUGCAUCGCUUCUGUUUCCCUAA